AUGAGAGUGUUACCUUUAGAGGAUCCAAUUAGUUGUACUCGUCUGUUAGAUGCCGCGGGUUUAGGCAAACCAGGAAACCCUCAUUAUGAUUUCUGCAGGUCGUGGAUGGAGGCGACUGCCUUAGAGACUGUGGAGACAUCGAGUACUGUUGCUCUAUUUGGGGCUGCAUGCGUUCUUAUUGGGCUGCUGCUGCUAGAGGCUCUUGCGCGUUUCUGCUGCUGGCGUGCAGAGCUACGGCAGCAAGCCAAGGCUAGAUAA